GUAAAAAUGUAAAUAUUUUUGCUGUAAAAAAUUGUGUUAAUUUAUUGUUUUACUGAAGAAAUGAAAGAAAUGUUGAUUUGAUAAUUUUUAAAAGGUGUUAUUAUAAUGGCAGCGGCGUUUCAGCAACAAAUAUUUGCGCUAGACGCGCGAUUUAAUGCCUACAGAGCACCAAACAACCCGAACUUUAAGACUCUUUACAUACGCAGAAGAAGCCAGCUUCUUCGUGAAAAUGCAAAGUUUAAGGAUAUAGAGACAAUAAAAAAGUAUAUAAAUAUAAGAAGCCAACUACUGCAGCGGCGAUAUGGCGUGCAAGAUAACAUUUCUAUUAGUUCCAGUUCAUCUCGUCCUAGGUCAAGCAGUAAGGCUAGUUUGGCUGUAGAUGACCCAUUAGCAGCAACCAGUAAAAAGAAGAAUGAUAUGACUAUAUCUGAAAACUAUGCUUUCUCAGGAGUGCAUCACAUAUUUGAUCAGCACACUGACCAAGUGAGUGUGGUGAAGUUUGCAAACAAUGACAGAUCUAAGCUGUGCUGUGCCUCGCACGACGGGACUGUCUCCAUUUGUGACGUGACUGCAACUCCGCCUAAAGUCAGCUUCAUUUUGAAAGGGCACACCAAAGCUGUCACUGGCUGCGACUGGUCGGCGUCCAACGAGCUGCUGGUGUCGGCGGGUCUGGACGGCGCGCUGUGCCUGUGGGACGUGGCGCGGCGGCGGCGGCUGCGCGCGGUGGCCGACCAGCUGGGCUCGGCCGUGCUCUGCUGCGUCUUCCAGCCCGCCAACAACAACAUGGUCAUUGCUGGAAAUGCUAGAGGAAUGGUGGAAGUACUCAACAUCUCGACUGGAAUAUACCCAAGAGGUGGCAGCAGCAUCCUAGGAGGGCGCGUGAUGGCGGUGGCGUGCGAGUCCAGCGGAAGGAUGUUCUGGGCAGCCAACGAUAAGGGCGUAAUAAUAAGCUACCGUAUCGAGGGCACGGGCAGCGUGAGCAAGCUGCGGCGCUGCCUGGUGGGCGGCGCGGUGAGCUGCCUGAGCUGGAGCCCGUGGCUGGCGCGCCACCCCGCGCUGCUGGUCAGCGCCGCCGACCACUCGCUGUACCUGUUCAGGAUCGCCGACCGCGAAGGCAGUCUGGCCCUGAAGAAGCGUUUCGCGACUCUCCACAGCACCCACGCGGUCAAGUCCACGUUCUGUCCUAUCAUGUCGUUCCGCCGCGGCGUGUGCGUGGUUUCGGGCGGCGAGGACGCCUGCGUCUACUUCCUAGACAUCGAGGGGCAUGCCGACCAGCCUGUGGUUAACAAGCUGCAAGGGCACGCGUCGCCGGUGCUGGGUGUGAGCUUCAGCUACGACGAGAGCCUGCUAGCCAGCAGCGACGCCUCGGGACUCGUCAUCAUCUGGCGACGCGGCUGACGUCACAACAGACACAUUCCACGCUCCCCUCCCAAAACAUAAUGUAAUAUAUUGUAAAUACAAAUAAAAGCCUCAUAUUGGAGUCAUAAGUUUUA